GCCUCGGCCUGGCGCUAAAUUUAAAAACGUUCACAGGCGCGGCCGGCUGGCUGCGGAAACGAAAGUUAAUUCGUCCCGCGGGCCGCCUCCCGGGCUCCGCCGGCCCCUCCGCGCGCCGCGCUAGCGGGGAUACACCCUUUCCCCGCCAUCUUCCGCCGGCUCCGGGCAGGUCCCGCGCUCCGCGGGUGAGGCCUGCUCGCGCCCCGCGCAGGAGGCGGGCGGCAGGGACGGCAUGGACGGCGGGGACCGGGCUCGCGCCCGGCAGCACGUGUUCCUGCUUCCAGAAUAUUUCAAAGAUGCUUCAAAGAAGAUGAAAAGUGGGCUUAUGUUUGUCAAACUGGUGAACCCGUGUUCAGGGGAAGGAACCAUUUACUUGUUCAAUAUGUGUCUACAGCAGCUGUUUGAAAUAAAAGUUUUCAAGGAAAAACACCAUUCUUGGUUUAUAAAUCAGUCAGUUCAAUCAGGAGGUCUUCUCCACUUUGCCACACCUAUAGACCCUCUAUUUCUGCUUCUCCACUACCUCAGAAAGGCUGAUAAAGAGGGCAAGUUCCAGCCCCUAGAUCAAGUCGUGGUGGAUGACAUGUUCCCAAAUUGCAUCUUGUUGCUGAAACUUCCUGAACUUGAGAAGUUACUUCAACAUGUGACAGAAGAGAAAGAAAUAGACAAAAAGAAAUAUUACAAGUACAGCAAGGAGAAGACGAUAAAGUGGCUGGAAAAAAAGGUUAAUCAGAUUGUGGCAGCCUUAAAAACCAAUAAUGUAAAUGUCAGUGCCCGGGUACAGGCAACUGCAUUUUUCUCUGGUGACCAGGCUUCCAGUGACAAGGAAGAGGAUUAUAUUUGUUAUGCCCAUGGUCUGGUAUCUGAUUACAUCCCUAGAGAACUCAGUGACGACCUGUGUAAAUAUUUAAAGCUUCCAGAACCUUCAGCUUCAUUGCCAAACCCUCCAUCAAAGAAAGUAAAGUUAUCUGAUGAGCCUGUAGAAGCAAAAGAAGAUUACACUAAGUUUAACAGGAAAGAUUGGAAGACUGAAAAGAAAAAUAACAAAAUGACCGCAGCUCAGAAGGCUUUGGCUAAAGUUGACAAGAGUGGAAUGAAAAGUAUUGAUUCCUUUUUCGCUGCAAAAAAUAAAAAAAAAAUUGAAAAGACUUGAAACUUUGAAACUGAAAUCUAGCAAAAAAUAUUCGCCUCUUCCAGGUUCCGUUUUUGUCCUUCCUCCAUGCCACUCUACCUCCUGACCCUUAAUUACCACCUUUUGAAAAAAUAAAACAAAAAAACUUUUUUAAAAUGAGGGCAAUUUUCAGAGUCGAACAUUUCUUGGCAUUUGAUUUUUGUGUUUCUGAACAAAAUGUGGGAAAGUAAUUGGGUAACUUCAUGGCCUGUGGCCUUCAGAGUCUUGUCUGACAUCAUGAAAAGUCAUCAAGUGAACAGAGCUGAUCUGUAGCUAGCCUCACAGUUUCCUCAAUAAAUGAACAUGUGACCAUA